AUGUUUGAAAUAUCGUUGUUUGGAAAAUUAUUGUCAACGUUCAGUCAUUCUUAUCAUUUGAAUAAUACAGUGGAUCGUUUGCACUGGAAUAUUACAACAAUUGUUUUAAUUCUAUGCGUUUUGUUUAUUGGUGCGGAACAACAAUUUGGACAACCAAUACAAUGUAUGCUUCCAACACAUCUCGAUCAAAAUUCUUGGACCGAUUAUGGACAAUAUUAUUGUUUCACUCAAAAUACUUAUCGUUUGACAGAUAAUCAAACAUUACCGAGUGCAAGUAAUCGAGCAAAACUUCAUUUAAAUGUAAAUUAUUAUCAGUGGGUACCAUUUUUUCUCACAAUUCAAGCAUUGUGCUUCUACAUACCUGGUUGGCUAUGGAUGAUGUUACAACGUGGAUGCAUUUUUGACAUGGAAGCUGUGGUUCGUGAAGCUAUAUGCUUAAGAACAAUGUUCAAAUUUGAAGGUCGAAUAACGAGGCUAACAAAUUUAGUCAAAUAUAUUGCUUCUGGUCUGAAAAUGAAGAUGAAAAUGGAUAGGGGUAGAACAGAAUGUCAAAUGUCGAGAUCCGCAAGUAAAUUUUCAACUUUGCAAGCGAAAUGGUGCAAGCAUCCAUUGGACAAAAAGAAUGGCAUAUCAACUGCACUUUAUCUUUUUUCGAAACUCUUAAAUGUCAUAAAUAACAUAAUACAGCUCUACAUCAUUGGACGAUUUAUUGGUUUUAAUAAUUUUCCUUUGACUCUCACUAAAAUGCAAUUUACGUCAUCAUACUUUCCACUCAUAACAUUCUGCGAUAUGGAACGACAAACUUUAGGAAAAGUAGAGAUAAAUACAUUCCAAUGUGUUUUAAUGCUUAAUUUCAUCAAUGAAAAAAUCUUCUUUAUGCUCUGGUACUGGAUAUGUUUGCUAUUUGUCUUAUCAUUAACAGAUUUUAUAAUCACAUUGGUGCAAUGUUUGCGGCCACAAUGUCGUGAAGCUUUGAUAAAAUUCUAUCUGCAAGAAGGUGAAUUCGAUGACAACUACUUUUUGUUGUUGAAAGACAAAAGAUAUCUGCAUAUUUAUAUUAUGGAGUUUCUUGGCUUGGAUGGAGUAUUAUUAUUGCGUUUCAUUAACAAUCAUGCAGGUAUUAAAGUUACACGAGAUAUCACAGUCGGUUUAUGGCACUGUUUUCGUGGUUUUUAUCAGGUAAUUUUUUAUCAUUCGUUCAUUUUAUGA